AUGAGCGCAGACACGGUGGAGCAGUCAGACGCUCCAGCUGAACAGGCAGAUUUAGAGCAAAACGGGAUCGACUUCAAUCGACAAAUUAAGACAGAGAACAUCAACGACUCUCCUCAUUCAGCCUCCACACUGAAGACAUGUCACCUGACACAGAGCUUGCCGAUGUCUGGAGGUCAGCUGACCGGGGAGCUCACCUCUCUCCACACCAUGCAGCAGCUGGUUCUGAUGCCACCAGCUCACCUGUCAUCUUCGUCACCCUUCCUGCUCUCCCAGAGCACCACCAGCCACCCAGCCCUUCUGCAGCAGAACAUGCUGUCCCAUCCUGGCCAGAGUCAAACCAGUUUGCUUCAGCAUCAACCUGGACUGGCUCUAACUCCACAGGCCAUGAAUCGUUCUGGUCUGGCAGGACCCUCUAUGGAGAACCACAUGGACAUGUCCCACCUGCAGAUGCCCAAACACAUGUCAAUACCACCACAGGAAGAACCCAGUGAUCUAGAAGAACUGGAGCAGUUUGCUAAAGCGUUCAAACAAAGACGCAUCAAACUGGGUUUUACUCAGGGAGAUGUGGGCCUUGCGAUGGGAAAACUGUACGGGAAUGAUUUCAGUCAGACGACAAUCUCUCGCUUUGAGGCUCUCAACCUUAGCUUCAAAAACAUGUGCAAACUCAAGCCUCUGCUGGAAAAAUGGCUGAGUGACGCAGAGAACUCACCUUCUGACUCGAUGAGCAACACUGCGUCUCUGGCGCCCCUGAUCGAGGGAUACGGGCGCAAACGAAAGAAGAGGACAAGCAUUGAAACAAACAUCAAAAUGACUCUGGAGAAACGUUUCAACGAUAACCCCAAGCCCAACUCAGAGGAGAUAACCUUAAUCUCCGAGCAGCUGUCCAUGGAGAAGGAGGUGGUUCGAGUUUGGUUCUGUAAUCGGCGUCAGAAGGAGAAGAGGAUCUACUGCCCAGUGGCUAGUUUAUCGGUCAAAUCACACAGCUACAACUCCAGAAUGGCCUCAGUGUCCAGAUCCUACAGCCCUCUGGCUUCAGGCGGAGUUUCAUCAAAUUCCUCUCCAAACAGUGUAAGCCGUGAAGCUUCUCCCAACAGUCUGUCUGCAGCCUCUGUCUCUUUAGCGUCUCAGGUCAACCCAGCUUCCUACAGCACACCAGGGUCCUGGUACCGCACAUGGAAUCCUUCCGUAUAUCAUCACUGAGAAACAUGAACUGUAUCAUAUGAAGCUUUUGAAGAUUUUUGCUUUGUUUGAGAAGGAUGUACACUGAACACAAUGUUCCUGUUAUGAACAGGGUAACAACUACAGGCUUAACAUUAGAUGGACCCAUAAGACAAAACAGCAGCACACGCAGAGGACAGAAACACACCACACUGCUGUCAACACUCAAGCUCACGCAAGUCCUGACAGCCUUGAGCUGUUUGAUUUCUGUUCAUGUGACUCUUUUCUCUGCAUAAAUCAGCUUCAGCGAUGAAGAAUACACAGAAAAACACACCCACGACAGAUACAAAAACAAAACACUGGUGGGAAUGUUGGAUUUAAUAUUGUCAAGACUAAUUUGUUCAAAUGUUGAAGGAUUCAGGUCCAGAUUUGUUAAGAUUGUGUGCUAAGCUGUUCCUUUUGCCAUCUUUAUCCUGCACUAUAGUGAUCUCAGUUGUUGCUGUUAUUAUCUGUUUUCAUGUUCUUAUUAUAGUUAGUGUUGUGUUAGUGACUUUGAUGCAAUCCUACAUUGCUUACUGCCAGUCUGUCUAAAGAAAUAUGCAGCCAGAGCUAUGGGAUUUCAUAGGACUUUCAUCUGCAUAUUCAUGACUGGUGCAAAAAAAACCUUGGAGUGACCAAUACAGUGCACCACUAUUAUUGCAGUUAUGGCCAUCAUAUCUCUCUAUUAUGAUAACCUUGUACUCAGAUCUGGGAACAUGGUGACAUAGCAACAACAGAGGCAAACGGGUCAAGGAACAUGAUCAGACGUAAAAACAGUUCACUAUAUUUGUUGGUAAAAUCAAAAGUGUUGCUAAUUAUCCAUCACUGCAUAAGAAAAUAUGUGGUAAGUAGGUAAACAUUUAAAUGUGAUGAAUGAUUACAAUGGAAAAUAGGUUAAUUAUUUUACUGUGCCCUUUGUUUCCUCUUCCAAGAUAAGUUUAACUAGUCUGAGGGCUUCUUUACAUCUGCUCUGAUCAUUUGCUCAUGUUUCUUGACCUGUACGACUUCUUUUUAGCAAAGUUUCUGUAUGUUCCCAGAUCUCAGGAUUUAACUUGAGUACAAAUUUUUUUUUUACUGAUAUGAAACCAAAACAAUAAGACUCAAUUGUAAUUAAUCUGAAUAAUAACACUUUCAAAUCCCUGAACACAAUUAAUUUCACAUGAGAGAUUUCUGUAUUUGUGUUUUCAUCCUUGCUUUUUUCACUGGUUUGAGGUGGGCGGGAGUUGGAUAAAGGUAAUGUCACAUAUUUCAGUGCACCAAUCCGAGUUUAGUUGUCAGGUUCUUUGCUGUCAUUGCUUGUCAAACUCAGAGUACUGAUGAUGCAGAUUAUCUUUAGUUAUUUUGUAUGGAAUACAUAUAAAUACUUGUGAUGUGGAGGGUAGCUGCUAGCCCAGUUCUACAAACUUUCUUUCUCGCCCCAGACAAACUCGGAAAUAAUGAACUUCAAUACAACACACAGCAUGCUGCGGACAAUAUUGUUAAGUUCUGACUGUUGUUUAGGUAAUGCUCACCUCAAACCCGCGUCUUUGCAGUCCACUUUCUGUAAACUUCCAUUGCUUCUGUUUUCUAUUUCCACCUGAAGGUGUGCGUGGACAUAUAGGCCUUCACACAGUAUCUUCUUGUUUUGUUUCUUUUGUGGUACUAUGCUUAGUACAAUGAAUGCUGCCUCCACCUAACCGAGUGUGAAUUAACAAAGGAAAGAAUUUAAGUUUGAACCUAUAUUGAUUUUGGUCAAAUUUCCCACUUCUGUACAUCGGGACAGGGGAUGCGUCCUCCAGGCCCCGUAACAAUUACGUGCAUGCUUUACGCAAACCUUUAGUGAACCUGGGCCUUAGUUAAUGUGUAAAGGUCUCACUAUGCUUCCAGCAAACUAGUUUGUGUGACAUGUCCUCUGACCACAACUAAAGUCAAAACUGUUUAUAGCUGUCACUUUUGUGUGACCUUGUAGUCUUGAUGUGAUGAGCUUUAAAAAUGUUGAUAAUAGCAUACACUUUUGUAAGUGAAAAAAAGAGGGCUUGACAGGUUUAUUCAUUCAUACAAACACUGGAGGAGCUGAUCAAACGAACAGCUCAUUUGAAGCAUGCUGAGGCCUUUAGUGCUAUAAAAUGUCUGCUGUCGUCUAUCCUGGGCACUUCUGUAAUGGUUCGUAUUUGAAAUGGUUGAAACUGGUUAUAGAUUGUAAGAUAACUGUAAUUUGAUAGUUUUAGUUAAUGUAUGAGUUAUGUCACCUGCUGCAGUGUGUUUUCAUUUGACGGUCUGUCACUCAGCAGUGUGAUUCCUGUCAGCUUUGCUGUUCCCUGCAGAGUUUGUCUGGUUAAAGGAUAAAGCUGGUGAUAUUACACAUUUUUAUCUGUGUCAACAAAAGACCAUAAAACCAACUAUGUCUGGCUCUCAGCUCCAAGACCAUUGACUCCUACUCAAAAUGUAAAUGUCUAUAUAUAGUUUCCCUUAAAAGAAAAUGCUAAUUAUUUUCCUAAAACUGGGCACUGCAGUUUUUAGCAAACAUUUCUCAAACAGGAGAAACUUUGAAUUUUUUAGGGACUAUUAAUCCACAUUUGGUGCACUAGCAAGUAUUUCCAGCAGCAGGACGAUGCACGUGGUAUUGACUCAAGACAAAGUACUAAGGCUAUGUUAAUUGUAAUGAAGGAACAUGCCACCCAGUGGACGGCGUGGCUCAUUAAUGUGUUUUUAAUGAUUUUUGGACAACUAAGCUAUAUGACACAGAGGAAUAAGCUAGAAUAUGCUUUGGCUACACAGGAAAUACUUUCUAGUAUGAUCUGGUCAUUGUUGGUUUUGGUGUUUUCAUGGGAUUUGUUGACAAUAAGAAAAAUAUAGACCCACAUCAGACUUCUCCUUUAAUCUGGAUAUGAUGAGAGAAAAUGGCGACCUCUGCUGGUCCAGGCCAGAGCUUCUGUUUACUUAGUCCCUUCCUGCCGUAGAUUGUUCUAUUUAAUACAUUCACUCAUAAAACUGCCUUUCAGACUUCAAGUCAAGGUCUGACUACUCCUGUUUGUUUGGUUGUGUGUUAGUGAUCUUAAAAAAAAAUAAUCUGUUUUGAGUGUCUACUGGAUAUUUUAUUUUAGAGAAAUGUUUUGCAGUGGUAUGAUACUCUGAAUUAAAUAACUCAUCCAUCAAAUAAAACCAACCACUAUACCAGUGAUGUUAUCAAAUGUUAUAUGAUGGUAUGUAAUGUUCUACUUUUUGGAUGUUACUUAAGAUACUAUGGCAAAGGGUGAAUGUGGAAACAGUGCCAUAUGAUCUUCUGAGUCUCAGGGAAUCAUUUGUCUUUACCUCUAACUCCAGGGAGCUUUUUUAUCAACUUUAAUUUACUGUCAUUAAA